AUGCAUAUUAACAACAUACAUUUUUUCAAAAUAAUAGAAAAUUGCUUAAUUGAAUCAACUACAAAUGAAUUAUUAGAAAAAUGGAAUGAUCGUCAGAAUUCGUUUAAUUAUAUAUCCUAUUGUUUGAUAUUACGCAAGAUUAAUAAUAAGGAGAAUGAAACUAUGGAUAUUUGUAAACGACUUCUAAAAAAUUUAAAUAAUUUGGCAUACAAUGGAUACGAGGAAUAUUAUUUAUUCGCACGUUGUAAACUUUUAAAUUAUUGGUUUCAUUAUGAGGUGAAUAAUAUUUCAAAUUCGGAAAGUGCAGAUGAUGUUAAAAAAACUGUAGAAGCGAUUUAUAAAGUAUGGACAGAUUAUAAUAAGAAUCAUAUAUAUACAGAUGAAAAAAGAAAAUGCAAACCUGAAUAUACUAUUCUUUCAUUCAAAGAUAUUGAAGAUGGUAAUAAAAUUCAUGAAUGUUGCUUAAAUCAUUAUACAAAUAAUAUUAAAUAUGUUAUAGAUGAUGAUUGUACAAGUUAUUAUGACAAUAUAAAGAAUAAAUGGCCACAAUAUGGAGCAAGUGAAAGUUUAUUUUCAGAAGAAGAUAAUGAAAAAUGUAGAAUAUAUUAUGAUAAAUGUAGAACUUAUAAUGCUAAAUUGGAUUUCCUUAAUGUACACUGUCUGAAGGGAGUUAUGAAGGCCAAAAAAUUUUCAAACACAAAAUCACAAUAUCACACACAACAUUCAGAAGAACACCCAAGUGGAGUACCUGGACAGGUGCAAGUAGAAGGGGAGAUAUAUGGCAAUGAUACUUCUCCAAUAACUUCACAACGUAGUCACCCUAUCGGUCUGUCAUUAGGGUUUUCAUUUCUUGGAGCAAUUCUCUUUUCUACUGUUUUAUACAAGUUUACACCAUUAAAAUUCGCGUUAAAUAAAUUUAUUACCAAUUACAAGAAUUCCAGGAACAAUGUAGAUAAUGAGACAUUCCGUGAAUUCUUAGAAUAUACGUACGAUUCAGGCAAUAAUAAUAAGCAGAACGAACAAAAGUACAUAGCAUAUCAUUCUAUAUAA